AUGUCUCCCUCGCCUCCCCCUACCAUCGUCGCCCUGCCGCCGGAGGGCAAGCAGGAACACGAACUCGUCGUGUUCGAACGGGAUGACCCGGACGAUCCGCACCAGUGGUCGCGGCGGAAGAAGCGGGGCACGGUCGCCCUCGCGUGCCUCUACGCGUUCUGCGCGGUAUUCGGCUCGGCCAUAUAUGCCCCGGGAGAAGGGGAGAUUCGCGAGAAGUACGGUGUGAGCGCCGACGUGUCCAGUACCGGGCUGACGAUGUAUGUGCUUGGGUUUGGCAUCGCUCCAUUAAUCUGUCCCCUGAGCGAGCUCCUGGGAAGGAAAAUUCCAUAUCAUAUCGCAUGGGUCCUUCUCAUCGCGACUUCGGCAGUUUCGGCGUUCGUCGAGAACAUCGCUGUCAUCCUGCUAUUCCGUUUCUUCACAGGAUGCGCCGCUGCCUGCUCUCUGAAUAUGGGCCCUGGGGUUAUCGCCGAUAUGUACGCCAAGGACCUACAUGCCAUGGGCCUAGGUACCUCGUUCUGUGCUCUCUCUGGGCCAUGUUUCGCGACGCUCUUCGGCUUCUUCAUCGCCGCAAAUACACACGGAGGCCUGUGGGUCCUCCGGGUGCAGCUCCUCUUCGCCAUCGCUGUCUGGCCGCUCGUAUUCAUUUUCCCCGAGACGUACGGCCCUAGGAUUCUCGAACAGCGGGCUAAACACCUCCGCAAGGCUGGGAGAGAGAAUGCUUGGGCGGCGCACGAGCUGCAUCACAAGACGAUCACGCAAGUCCUGCGGGGACAUGUUGUCCGGCCGUUCACCAUGAUUAUCUAUGAGCCCAUCGUGCAAGGCGCCGCUAUCUGGGUCACCGUCACGUAUGGCAUCCUGUACUUCUACUUCGAAGUGUAUCCUGUGGUGUUUAUCGUGCAGCAUGUCAUUCCGUUCCAGCUCUGCGGCCUCCUCUUCCUGUCUAUAUCGCUAGGGAUGCUCAUAUCUGUGAUCGUUUUUGGCCCGCUCGUUCAGCUGUCCGAACGGGUGCGGCUGCCAAUAAUUGAGCGGAAAGGGGAGACCAUGCCUAUGGAAGAGACACAACUGAAGUCUGUCAUCAUCGCCUGCUUGUGUCUGCCCAUAUCGCUCUUCUGGUUUGCUUGGACGAGCGGCCCAGAGACACACUGGAUAGCGCCGGCCCUCGCGGGCAUCCCCUUUGGCUAUGCCAACACAGCGAUAUUCUUCUCCUUCACAUCAUACACCUCACGGACGUAUACCCUUUACGCGUCCAGCGCCGCCGCGGCGAAUACCUUCUUUCGCUCCGUUGUCGCGUCCAUCUUUCCCAUUAUCGCGCACUCGAUCGUCGAUGCCCUCGGGACGAAGUGGGGAAUAUCCAUCUUCGCGUUCAUCUCGCUCGGGCUCGUCCCCAUCCCGUUUGUCUUUGUGCGCUUCGGGCCCGCGCUACGCGCGCGCUCGCGCCACGCACGUCAGGCGCGAGAAGCGAUCGCGCGAAUGCAUGCGGCGCAGCCGGAGCCCGAGAUCGAGCCCGAGAGCGAGAUCGAGGGCGAGGAAGAGCGGAAACAGCCGGCAGGUGCGUGA